UGGAGACCAGCUCGGAAAUUAGCAGGAGUUGCAAGUCCCAGGCGCGGUCUAGGCUCGGGACGGGGAGGGGCAUCUCAGCCCCGCCCAGCUCCCCGCCCCUUUCGGGCUCGAGGGCUGCUAGGCUGCUAAGCUCAGCCCAGCAGCCGGGUGCCCAUGGGCUGAGCGUGCGACAGUCGGGAUGCGUGUCUGUCUGAGGUUCCCGUUCCUUGGCCUGGGCGCUGCGCGACCCCAUGGCAGGUAGCGGCGGCCUGGGCAGCGGGGCCGGGGACUUCCAGGGCGCGGAGUCGGGGCAGAGCACAGGACUGCGUGCUCCCCGUGCUCCGCUGGCGCUCGUAGCUCUGUUGCUAAGCGCCUACUGCCUCUUCGCCCUCCCCGGCCGCUGUCCACCUGCCGCCCGCGCCCCUGCACCGGUUCCCGCGCCCGCCGAGCCGCCCAACGCCUCCCGCCGUCUGGGAGCGCCCAGCCUGCCGGUGGCCAGCGGCCCGGGGCGCCGGCGCUUCCCGCAGGCACUCAUCGUAGGCGUGAAGAAAGGUGGCACGCGCGCGUUGCUGGAGUUCCUGCGGCUGCACCCCGACGUCCGUGCACUUGGCUCUGAACCCCACUUCUUCGACAGGUGCUAUGACCGCGGCCUCGCCUGGUACCGGGGUCUGAUGCCACGUUCCCUGGACGGGCAGAUCACCAUGGAGAAGACACCCAGCUACUUUGUGACUCAGGAGGCCCCCCGCCGAAUCCAUGGCAUGUCCCCAGACACCAAGCUGAUUGUAGUGGUGCGGAACCCUGUGACUCGGGCCAUCUCUGAUUACGCACAGACACUCUCCAAGACCCCAGGCCUGCCUAGCUUCCGCGCCCUGGCCUUCCGCCACGGCCUGGGUCCUGUGGACACAGCCUGGAGCGCUGUGCGCAUUGGUCUCUAUGCCCAGCAUUUGGACAACUGGCUCCGCUACUUCCCUCUGUCCCACUUCCUGUUUGUCAGCGGCGAGCGCCUGGUCAGUGACCCGGCUGGCGAAGUGGGCCGUGUACAGGACUUUUUGGGCCUCAAACGGGUCGUCACCGACAAACAUUUCUACUUUAACGCUACCAAGGGCUUCCCCUGCCUCAAAAAGUCCCAGGGCAGUGGCCGCCCCCGCUGCCUGGGGAAAUCCAAGGGCCGGCCUCACCCCCGGGUGCCGGAGGCAGUGGUUCGGCGCCUGCAGGCAUUCUACCGGCCUUUCAACCGCAAGUUCUACCAGAUGACUGGCCAGGACUUUGGCUGGGACUGAUGAAGACCCAGCUCAGCCUUUCCCUGGACACCCAGUAACUUUAAUUUAUGUCUGUCUGCCUGGUCAUUGCAGGCUGCUGCGGCAUGCCGAGUAGAGAGAAUGUUUAGAAU